UCUCCGAUGCCGUUCUCUCUGUGUUUCGGACUUGCGAGCUUAGCAAAGAAUGCUAUGCUAAGGUUAGGCCAGCCCUAGUCAGAGACUACGGCUCGUAGAAGUAGUAGAGUCGGCAAGGUGAUGAGUGCGUGGUCAGCCGGCCUUGACGAUCUCUGACUUAGUUCCGACUCUUUUUUCUCUAAGAAUUGUGCGGAAGUGCAAGUUAAUGAACUUCAUAUGGAAAGGUGAAAUUAAUUUCAUUUAUUCACCAUAGAGAUUGUCUAGCAAUCAAAGCAUGCAACUGGCUACAAAAAGCUAGCUCGAGAACAUAUUAUCCACUGUGCAUCCGUAUACUUGCAUAUUUUCCUCAUCACCAGACCACAUAAGUAUUCGGAGUGUUGGUCUACUCAUCAUUCCGUGGGAGAAAUCUGACAAUAAAAAAUAAAACAAGUAAAUUAUAAAAACAAUAUGACUGCAAAGCUAGGAUGGGCCGACUACUUGGUCAUGGCGAUUAUGCUCGUCAUCAGCGCAGGAAUCGGCGUUUAUUACAGAUUUACUGGUGGUCGACAAAAAACCUCCGAUGAAUACUUCAUUGCGAACAGAUCGAUGAGCAUUCUUCCCGUGGGAAUAGCUUUGAUGGCCUCCUUUAUGUCCGCCAUUACCCUUCUAGGUGUUUCCGCCGAAAAUUAUACCUACGGUACACAAUUUGUCGUAAUAAACAUUUCCUAUGGCAUCGGAACCCCCAUAGCUGCAUACGGCUUUCUUCCAGUUUUUUUUAAACUCCAAGCGACCAGCGCGUACGAGUACCUGGAAAAACGAUUUGGAAUGGGCGCCCGACUGGUAACAAGUUUCGUAUACUGGAUCCAACUUCUUCUUUACACAGGGGUUGUUCUUUACGCCCCAGCAUUAGCCCUGGAAGCUACGACGAGUCUUUCGAAAACCGGAAGUAUAAUCGUAAUCGGUUUGGUCUGCGCCUUCUACUCCAGCAUAGGCGGAAUCAAGGCUGUCUUGAUAACAGAUGUAUUUCAAAGCGUUCUUAUGUUUGUCGCGGUUUUCGCCAUAAUUACAACCGCCGCAAUAGACGUCGGUGGUUUGUCCGAGAUCUGGAGAAUUGCCGGCGAAGGUGGUCGCUUGGAAUUCGAUAACAUAUCGCCAGACCCGACGGAACGGCAUACCUACUGGAGUUUGGUGAUCGGUGGGCUUUUCACAUUCCUAUCUCUAUACGGUGUCAACCAGGUUCAAGUUCAGCGAAUGUUGACCGUUAAGAGCUUAAAAGCCGCGCAAACAGCUCUCUGGCUGAACUGGCCAAUUUUGAUGCUUCUGUCCUUCUCGACAUGCUUCGCCGGACUAUCAAUUUACAGCAAGUAUUAUAAGUGUGAUCCGAUUUUAGAAGGAAGAAUAUCAUCGACCGAUAUGCUCAUGCCUCUUUAUGUAAUGGAUACUAUGAGCUCGAUUCCAGGGUUACCCGGACUAUUCGUUGCGGGAAUAUUCAGUGCAGGUUUGAGUACGGUUUCAGCCGCAUUGAAUUCUCUGUCCGCCGUUACUUUAGAAGACUAUAUAAAACCAGCGUACCGAAAAUGUUCCGGUAAAGAAUUUUCACUCGCCAAGUCAACCAUUUUUGGUAAAUCGCUCGCCUUCGCAUUUGGCCUAAUUUGCAUCGCGUUGGCAUUCCUUGCCCAGUUUCUUGGCGGAAUUUUACAGGCAAGUCUGACGAUUUUUGGAGUAGUCGGAGGUCCUCUGCUCGGUAUGUUCACCCUGGGAAUGUUCACGGAAUCGGCAACGCAACGCGGUGCUGUUACCGGGGUUCUAACGGCCUUGGCAUUUACUCUGUGGAUCGGAUUUGGUACUCCGCGUCCACCUGCCCCAAAGCUUCCAACCACAAUUGAUGGAUGCGCUUCUAAACUUGCUCAGUUCACAAAUCUUACAGCCGAAGAGGCCAUGGCUACGGCAGCAACGUUGGUACCGGCUGCACUCAGAGCGGAUGAUCCUACGAAUUACUUUUAUCUUUACCGGAUAUCGUACAUGUGGUACAGUUUGAUUGGUUUCCUAGUUACUUUUAUCGUCGGUCUGCUCGUUAGCAAUGUAGCGCGAAUUAUCUUGAAAGAAGAGCAGGAUGACCUCGAUCCAGACCUUUUUAUACCUUGGCUAGCGAACCGAAUAAGAGCGCGUCGUUCUAUUGCCUCUAUUAACAAACUCACCGAGCAGUACAACGCCCCAUCAAAGUAUAAUUUUCCUGCAGGAGGUCGGGAAUCACCUGCGGAAAUCAAGAACACUGAAUUUUGAAUCUGUUUUUUUUUCCUAGUUUCUCAUUUGGAUCGGGGUAUUUAAUUUAAUUGAUAAAACGAGUCUUCCAGAGGUUCUCAUAAGAUAAAAUGAAGCCUCGAUCUACGGAUAGGAAAAGUAGACUCCUAAAUCUGAAAAAACAUUCAACUGAAGAAAAUAACUGUAUGACAAUAAUUUUCUUUUGCCUUAUUCAAAGAGAAUGAAUGAACUCGACUUCAUAACCACUUGACGUUUGACCGAACAGAAUGUUCAAAAUCACAAACAGUUGGGUACAAUCUUGAGGAUUAUAGUUCGAGACAGGCAUCUCGAGCGCGCCAGACAAUACUGUUUGGGAAAAUAUCCUUCCAAACGAGCGAAAAACUCGUUAACAGAUGUAUUUAGUGAAUUGUUCACUAUCAUACGCUUUAUAUCUUUGUAAAAGUAUUAUAAACCGUAAGCUGUGAGGCGAGCAGCUGCGUACAUACUUGCAUCUUUGCAAGCCGACCAUAUCAGUGAAUUUGUACAAAAAAAUCUAAGAAAGAUGUUCAGCAUAAUAAAUAUACCGUUACUUUUUUUUUGUUAAA